GACAACAGCCGCUUCAGACGCUCUAAUUGGGAACAUCCCGGGACCGCGGCCUCUAGGCAGGUGUGGUGACCUGUCCNCGAUGAGGAACAACCGNGUGAGGCGCCUCAAGCGGACGAGCGNAAGCCGACGAGAUUUGACCUGCUGUGCUCGCGGCUGUCAAGUUGAGGCGCGCUCGGUCGUUCAGACGAGAAGCUGGUCAGCAAGAAGACAACAACCGCCUCUGGAUCUUGCUUUGCCUAUGAACACUGGAGCCCGGAGGUAGCUUUGCAACCUAUCAGCGAUGGAUAACUUCAGACGAGGUAUUUGCAGCGAGCCAAGAGUAUCCGCCUGCGACAAGUGCUCUGCCGGAUGCGGCCAGCCUUUCCUUUGAGGGCUUGCUCGCUCGCCGGAUCCAGCUCGUGGCUCGACAGCAACACAGCCGCUUUACCGGCAGCACUGACAAAAGCAACACCUUCUUUCCUCAGCGCUUACGUCUGCAAUGCAUAUACAUUGUCUCGCUGCUUGGCGAGUCUUCCCUCUCGUGAGGCAAACCAGAUCAUGCUCCCACGCACUCCUGUCAAAUUACAUNUUGAGCAGUCGUGGAAGACGUGCUGGCCGUCUUUGGACUGGACGCUGUCGACUACUCAUCGCUCAAAGUGCGCCGAAGAGCUAUGCGAAUAUCAAAGAGCAUCUUUCAGUCGGUUGCUGCCUCAGUCAAGGUAGCGAGCUCAGAAAGUGCUCGAAUAUCCCGUUCUCUAUCUUGGUCUUACAUCCCUUCGUAUACACAUUGGUGGUCUGACAUUGAGCUUCGCGGAUGUGGCCUAUCAUGGCCCGAGCAAUUUCAAGCAGACUGAAGAGAUGAAUCAGCUGCCAACUUGAAUAUAAAUAGCCUGCCGUUAUCGCGAGCGCUGCGUGGUUGCAACAGCAGCGGACCUAGCUCGACAAGGAUGGAGAUAAAGACGUCCAUCGUAAUCAACUCGUCCC